GAAAAGUAAAAGAGAAAACAAAGCGGACAACCCCACGUUAAGCAUAGAAAACCUUUUCUUUAUCGAAAUAUGAAAACAAAGAAAGAGAAAGAGAUGCCCACACUGUUCAACCUCAUGACUUCUUCUUUUUCUUAAUACACGUAUUCAACCCCUUCCUCUUUCUUCAUCUUCUUUAGUAUACGAGAGAGAGAGAGAGCAAAUGGAAUCUGAGGGAGUGUGGUUACCAUUUCACGAGCAUCCUAUGAUGCCUUGGAAUGAUCUGAGGAGAGGUGAUUGUUGUGGAAGAUAUGAAUCACAGAGUGACGGCUACUAUUGUAAACUCUGUGUCUUUUUCGUGCACAAGAAAUGUGGCAACGACGAGCUCUCUGAAUUCAUCAACCACCCAUCUCACCCCGGGCACACUCUCGAGCUUCAACAUGAAUCAAGUAACAGAUGUGACUUUUGUCGUUGGAAAAUCUCAAAGCUAUUCUACCGUUGUGACAUGUGUGACUUCGACUUGGAUCUACACUGUGCCAAGCAACAACCACCAAAUGUUAUUGACAAUUUUGAGACCCAUCCCCACAAGCUCAUACUUCUCAAGAAAGGGACUAAGUUCGACUGUUCUGCUAAAUGCGGGAAGGCUAGUGGUGGACUUCCUUACAAAUGUGAUGAAUGCGAUGUAUCCUUCCACGUGGAUUGUGUAUGGCACCCAGCAACAAAGAUAAAUUACUCACCAGAGGUAAACCACCCUUACCACUCCUUGCAUCCUCUUAAGCUCCUCACAGGUCCACCACCGGACUAUUCUGAUGGUAAAUGUCGUCUUUGCGGAACAGAGAUUGGUGAAUAUUUUUAUCACUGUUCAUCUUGUAACUUCACUGUGGAUUUCCAUUGUGUUCUUAUUCCACCACAAAAAUCUCUUGUUGAUCCGAAAGUGCAUGAUCACCAACUCACCCUUCUUCCAAGACUCGAUUCUUUUACAUGUAAUGCUUGCGGUCUAAAGGGAGAUCGAAGCCCUUACGCAUGUUUUGAUUGUGGUUUCAUGAUCCAUCAAGAUUGUCUUGGCCUUCCACGUGUCAUUAACAUCAACCGGCAUGAUCACCGUGUUUCUCGUACUUCCGUUCUUGGUGACGCUGCUAUGAAUUCUGUGUGCGGAGUUUGUCGCAAGAAGGUGGACUGGACUUGUGGUGGGUUUUCUUGUAAGAGGUGUCCUGGUUAUGUCGUUCAUUCUAAAUGUGCUACCAGAAAAGAUGUGUGGAAUGGGGAAGAACUAGAAGGAGUACCUGAAGAAGAAGAAGAUAUAGAACCAUAUGUGGUGAUAGACGACAACACAAUACAACAUUUCAGCCACAAAGAGCAUUACCUCAGAUUCAAUGAGAAUGGUGUUCUGUAUGAGGAUACCAAACGAUGCAGCGCAUGCACCCAUCCCAUCGGUCUUCAAUCUUUUUAUAGCUGUGUGAAUUGUGAUUUUUCUCUACAUCAGAAUUGUGCUGAAUGUCCUAAAAGGAGACGACAUGUACUACACAAUGAACGGCUCACUUUAGUUACAAACAAGGACCUAGAAGUCUUCAGUUGUGAUGCUUGCUAUCGAAGGUCCAAUGGUUUCAUGUACAAGGAUGAAGAUAAGGAGUUUGAUGUCUUGUGCGGUUCAAUUUCUGAGCCAUUUUUCCAUCCAAGUCAUCCCCAACAUCCCUUAUAUUACAUUCCAACAGAAGAAGUAGAAAUAUGCAAUGGUUGCAACAGAAGGGAAUCACAUGUCCUCAGGUGCAUUGAAGGUGAUUGUGGAUUUGCAUUGGGAUUCAAAUGCGCCACUCUACCACAAGUGGUGAAGAAUAGAGUAGACGAUCAUCCUCUCUCACUGUGCUAUGGCGAAGAAGAGGAGGCAAGUGGUAAAUAUUGGUGUGACAUCUGCGAGAAAGAAACCGAUUCAAAGGAAUGGUUCUACACUUGUAAAGAUCAGCGGGCUAGUUUGCAUACAAGGUGUGUGCUCCGAGACUUAGCAAGAUUCAUGCCAAGAAGUGUAGUAAAGUUUCAGAAUCGAUCGUUUGAGGUGGUGCUCAAUAAAAGUGUAACUCGCCCAUUUUGCAGCAAGUGUAAGUCUCGUUGCAUUUACCCUAUCAUCCUCAAGUUGCUUGGAAUCUCAGAGACCUCCUUUUGCUCUUUUGAGUGCGCAUUUUUAUUUUAUUGGUUCGGGGAGAAAUAGCGAUAUAAAUGGAUAAAACUAUAAAGUGUAAUAAAGUAUGUCCAUGAGGCAAGAUGUUUAUUCGUUUCAGUUUCUUAUAUUUUCUAUUGGACAAGUUCAUUUCCAUUAUGAUCUCUCUAAUAGUCUAAUGUAUGUUAUCGUACCCAUAAGAUUUCUUAUAAGGUUUAGUCUCUAUCUUAUCCAUAAGGUUUGUUACAACAAAAGGCUAGCUAGCUGUUUUCUUAAAAACUAUAGGUAAUAGAUCUCUUUACGACUGAAAGAACAAUCACUGUGAAACGGUGUAUAACGAUUGUUGUUACUCAUAUCACCAUCAUUCUUUCUCUCUGUAUUGUCUCCGCCUAUCCAAAACAUCAAAGAAAGAUAUGUUUAUCUUCUCUUGGCUAGACAAUCUGUUGUAAUCAAACAAGUGUAGUAUUUUACAUUUUGAUAGUGCCAAAUGUCUUAAAAAGAAAUGGCAUGUGCUACACAAUGAACAACUUGUCUUAGUUACGAUCUAGAUUGGUUUCUCAUAUCUGUAGUCAUCUUUUUAUCAAUAUCAAUGAAAGCUUUCAUUUUCUCUGCUGCUGUGUUCAUCUACGUGACUUUAUUAUCCAUGAAAAAAUGAUAACAAGAAAAAGACAUGGUAAGGUUUGUAAAUAACAAAAGGGCAGCUGUUGUGACUAAAACAA